AUGAGUUCCAGUUCUGAUGAUACCCAUCAUAUGAUGGACGAUUACAUAGCUCUUUUUUUCUACUCGAAACGAGGUAGGACUCGUGGACUGCCUGAACCUAAACGUCGUAUUAAAGUCAAGCGGACGCAGUACGAGAAUCGGCCGUCUUUUGCUAUUGAAGAAGCUUGCUUCGGUGAGCUGGGUGAGCGUGGUACUACUGCUCUAGAAGGUACAAUGCUAUUUUACAUGACGCAGAUGCGUGGUUUGGAGAUGGCGUACAUGAAGCCGAAAAAGAGAGAACUGACAAACAGAAAAGGCGCUGUGAGGAAAACUUUGUCUGGGGAGCUUUCUCAAAAGUGUGAUGCGUGA